AUGAUGACUCCUCCAGUUCCAAUGUUUGACUCAAAAUUGGAGAAUCUUUCAAAACCUAGGACAGUGCCCAUAAAAGGUAAGAUUUCUCUGUCAUGUCAGAUGAAAUAGUAAAAGGUUUGUGAGAUUAUGCAUAUCUCUUUUUGCUUUAGUAAAAAUUGUGAUUUACUCUCAGCUGAUGUUAGUAAAUAGAAAAUUUUAACCUUUAAAUUUAAUAAGCUAGAAGACUAGAUUCUCUCUAAUGAAGUAAGGGGUCAAAUUUACAUAGCUCUAGGCAUUAGAUGUUCCAAUGAUAGAAAACCUUGUUAGGAGAGCCAGAUGGAUUUAUAGUGUUAAAGUAUUUCUGCCAUAGAUUCCAGCAUAGUAGAAAUUGACUCAAGGGUAAGUCAAAAAACCUAAAAGAAAUAAAUCCUCAAUUGAGAUUGUGAGAAUGCCUCAUAUUUUAAAUAAUGUUAAAUUUUAUUUGUUUUAAUUAUUAUGA